AUGGCUGGCACAAGCUACCUUUCGGUCGGUGGACUUCUCAGUCUUGUGGUCCUGUCCUCGACGGCAUGGGCUCAAUCGGACAACUCGUCUUCUCUGUAUGACACGCGCUUCCACGGUGUCACUUGGGACAAUGCCAACUGGAUCCUGACCACCAGCAAACUCGAUCAAGGUCAUUAUCAGUCCCGAGCCACGGUGGCCAACGGCUACCAUGGUAUCAAUGUAGCAUCUCUUGGCCCAUUCUUCGAAGUUGACACUUUGGUCGACGGCGACAACAUCAACGGAUGGCCUCUGUUCAGUCGACGACAGACCUUUGCCACGAUCGGAGGGUUCUGGGAUUCUCAACCCACGACCAACGGAACCAACUUCCCUUGGCUCUAUCAGUAUGGCUGGGACAGUGUCAUCAGUGGUAUCCCUCACUGGGCUGGCAUCAUUGCCGACCUGGGCGGGAGUGAUUACCUCGCGGCGGCAACGAAUAGCUCGACAAUAAGCGAUUUCAGAUCUAGCUUGGACAUGAAGAAGGGACUGAUGACUUGGACGUUCACCUGGUCUCCCACUGGCCAUGGCUCGUUCAAAGUGUCCUACCAGAUGUUUGCACACAAGCUCUACGUCAACCAGGCGUUGGUCACCAUGAAUAUCACGGCUGAAAGAACGACGAACCUCACGGUUGCCAAUGUGCUCAACGGGGACUGUGCUGUGCGAACCACGCCUGGAGAUAAAGGCAUUGACAGCGGAAUCAUCUUCACCUCUGUCCAGCCCAAUGGUAUCCAAAAUGUCACUGCUUUUGUCUACGCUGGCAUGUCUUCCACCGGAGCUACCGUUCGAUCCGUGGAGCAAGCCACUUGGGUCAGACCUUACGUGGGCAACAACCAGUCUUCCAUUGCGACAGGUCUCCAUGUCACUCUACAAGCCGGUCAAGUCGCGACAUUUACCAAGUUUGUAGGAAUUGCGUCUAGCGAUGGAUUCGCUCGACCAAAAGUUGCCGCGAGACGGGCAGCGCUCUCCGCACGGGAAGCAGGCUACAGUGCCUCUCUGCAGAGUCAUGUCAGUGCGUGGGCCAUAGACUUCACCGCUGACUCGGUUGAUGACUUCUCUUUUCCCGAGAAUGGAACAUUCCCAGAUGACCUGUAUAUCGUCGACUCCGCUAUCACGGCUGUGGCAAAUGCCUAUCAUCUCCUGCAGAAUACGGUUUCGGACACAGCCAUUGCAACAGCUGGAAACGCCUCAAUCAACAACCACAGCAUCUCCGUGGGAGGCCUCGGCUCGGACUCUUAUGCAGGACAGAUUUUCUGGGAUGCAGACAUAUGGAUGCAACCGGGGCUUGUUGCCGCUUUCCCUUCAGCUGCAAGAGGAAUUUCCAACUAUCGUCUCGAGCGAUACCAGCAGGCAACAAGCAAUAUCGAAACAGCGUAUCAAUCGUCCAAGAAUGACACCAAUUUCACCUCCAACGCGGCCAUCUUCCCCUGGACGAGUGGACGUUUCGGGAACUGUACGGCGACCGGCCCAUGCUUCGACUACCAAUAUCAUCUCAACGGCGACAUUGGUCUGGAGCUCAUCAAUUACUGGGUCUCGUCAGGCGACACAUCGUUCUUCCGUGAGGAGCUAUUCCCCAUCUAUGAGUCGGUCGCAACGCUAUACUCGGAGCUUCUCGAGAAAGACGGAACAACCUGGUGGCUGCGCAAUAUGACGGACCCAGACGAGUAUGCCAACCACAUCGACAAUGGUGGGUAUACGAUGGCAUUGAUCUCGACCCAUCUGACAAACGCCAACCUGUUCCGGGCCAUGUUCAACAACACACCCAAUGCGACAUGGGAUGCGCAGGCCGCGAAUAUGUUUCUGGCACGCGACAACGAGGCCAACAUCCUCCUGGAGUAUCCUGGCAUGAAUGGCACCACGUCUGUCAAGCAGGCCGACAUUAUCCUUGUCACGUAUCCGCUCUCGUUUACGCGGUACAACUAUACCGCUCAGCGCUCGCUCAGCGACUUAGACUACUACGCGGGGAAGCAGUCAAUAAACGGCCCAGCCAUGACAUACGCCAUGUUCGCCAUCAUUGCAAACCAAGUCUCACCGUCUGGCUGCUCGAGCUACACAUAUCAGCACUACUCGACGCAGCCUUACGCACGGGCGCCGUGGUAUCAGCUAUCCGAGCAGUUGGUCGAUGAUUGGAAUGCCAAUGGCGGCACUCACCCGGCGUAUCCGUUCUUGACUGGCCACGGGGGCGCACACCAAGUCGUGCUGUUUGGCUAUCUCGGUCUGCGCUUGCUUCCGGACUAUAUUCUGCACGUCGACCCGUCGCUGCCACCGCAGAUUCCACAAAUCCGAUACCGCACGUUCUACUGGCACGGCUGGCCGAUCUCUGCAUUCUCCAAUCAGACGCAUACGGUGCUCAGUCGCAACGGGAGCCUGAUACUGGACGAAGGCGCGGUGCCCAAUGCCACAUACGCGACGACCCCGAUCCCUGUGCACGUGGGCCCUAUUGGCUCUGCACCGCUCGCCAACUACAGCCUUGCGCCUAACGGCAGUGUCACCAUCACCAACCGCCGCAUCGGGCAAAUCAAGACCACCGCGGGCAAUGUUGCUCAGUGCCUGCCAGUGACAUCGCCGGAUGACUACUUGCCGGGCCAAUUCCCGAUCGCGGCCGUCGACGGCGCCGCCAGCACCAAGUGGCAGCCAGCGCUUGCCAACAAGACGGCAAGCAUUACGGUCCAGUUACCCAUCGGUUACCGCGUGACCGGCAUGGUUUUUGACUGGGCUCAGGCUCCGCCCUGGAACUAUUCUGUCCUAUUCCACAACCAAUCACUAGACAACCCAAGUGCCCAGAACGCCAAUACUACCCAAGGGGUCUUAGAAGUCGCGAGCAACAACCGCGUGCGCAUCGCCGACGCAUACAACGCCACAGAGAUCUUUGAAAUCGGCCCCAUCGAGUCGAACAUCACUACGUACAAUAUCUCGGGUGGUGAGGAUGUCUAUACGGCUCGGUACGCCACGCUUCAGAUCUGGGGCAGUCUGUCAAAUGGAACAGCGACGGCGAGCGAGAUGACCGGUGGUGGCGCUACGGUUGCGGAGUGGAACAUUAUAGUGGACGGACUUGAAGAUGACACAGGUUCUGCGAAACGGGAUUUGGGCGGAAAUCUGAGACCCAGAGAUGGUGUAGUGAACACGGAUGUCUUGCUCAGAUUGGGCAGAAUUGCCAGGGACGCGGAAGUCAGAAAGAAGCUGGGCAUGAGCGUGUGA